UCUAUAUUCAAUAAUUACUGAUUGAGAUAUUCGCCCCUUCACGAAAUUCCAUUUUAUCCUCCAGACGCGCUCUAAACUUGCAUGCUGACAGAGGUGAUCACAGGUACGAAUCCAAUUUCAAAUGUGGCGGCGGGAAGGGAUGACAGCGACGUGGAUUGCGGCGGCGCUGGGAAUCCUUGUCCAAGACACGGAGGAGUACGUCAAGAUCCGUCCGUCGAGGACCAGGUUGAAGACGCCGCUUCGCCACCCGAGUUCAACGAAAUCGAAACGUCAACCCUGCGUCCAGGAAUUUCUCCUCCUUCGCUUCCAAUGGGUGAAGGGGCAUGCCUGUCACACAAUGACCCCCUCCACAGCCUCAUCCUUUGCCGUCACGGGUCAUUCGACGGCACCCCUUGACAACGCUACCCUUCCACCAACAUACAGCAUCCUUAUCGUCAACCAGAUCGCGAACGCCAGAGCAAGUGUGGCCAAGUCGGAUGCCGACUUUUCACAACUGAGAGCAGAUGUGUGGAACUCGCGCAGCGGUUACGCCAAUGAAUGCGAUGGAUUCAUCAGGUACCACGACCUCUACACCCGAGACCACGACUGCCGAGCCUGCCACUGCAACACGACGCCACGAUACGGCUCCGCCCCAGAGUGCCCCGGGAUUGAGCCCUGCCAAAGCGGCCUACGUUUUCGUCGCAUUGCUGAACUUAACUGCGCUUUGUAUUUGGAGGUUUUGAUCUGCGAUUACGUCGAAGAUAUUUGUAUUACGUUUCAGGUUACGGUUAAUCAACACCCACAUGAAUUAUACGUCGAGCUUUACGUCGACUGGACAACCUCUGUGCGCAGCCUUAGACUACGGCCACAUGUGCGACGGCAUCGGUUACCGGUUCUACUUCCACCGUCAGACCAAGGCCCCCGCACUGCCCAUGUUGGAGUCAUGGGGGGAUUUCACUCGGCGCACCAUCCCGCUGUCUUGGCAGCCCACGUUGAGUCCCAUCAAAUCCUUUUGCAGAACUUGAUGCAGUUCGUUCGGUGGCGACAUCGGCAGACGUCGAUCGCGGCAGUUAGAACGGGCGAGGAGCUGUUCGUGCUUGGCACGUCCUUUGGCGAAGUCAAGUGCGUUCGAUACGUGGCUCCAGAGAUGGAUGGCAACUCUCAACGCAAACACAUUGUCCUCGAUGAGAACGUUGCCGAUUGGGAGGUUGCGGCGACGGCCUACAGCAUCUCGUGUGUGCAUGUCCAUGGAUCUUUGGUUGUGGUAGGAGAUGGCAACGGCACGGUCAUCUUGCUUGAGCUCGGCACGGGUAUGGAAUUGCGGCGGUACGACAUGGAAGCCGCCGUGAUCAGCGCCACAUGGCACGGCGGGGAGUUCAUUCUGGGCGACUUGGUCGGGAACUUGAUGGGUGUGGACGAAUUCGACGUGCGAUGGAUCAAGCGCAUGGACAUUGACCUGCCAUUCCACGAUCACAGCGCUCCCGCAGCAACGACAUCAGCUCAUGUGGCCUCAGUGGCUUCCGUUCGAUUGCGAGACUGUGAUGAUCAAUUGUGCUCGUACGUGGCUGUAAGCUUGGGUCGACAGGAGCUCCUACUCACACACCAAGGACACGUUUUGGCCACAGUGCCUGCGCCAACGCGUAUAGCGUGCAUUUGGAGUUCCACGAGCCACGAAGAGAAGGCGAAUGACGCUGCAUCCACAUUGCUCUGUGGAGGCGACGACGACGGGGUCGUGUAUAAGCUCGUGACUGCAAUCAGUUCAGACGGAGUGUAUUCGCUUCAAUUGCAGGCUGUGGUUGAGGUACUGAUCGAUCGAUGAUACAAAAUGGUAUAGACAUGAACAACCACCAGGUCGGGUUUCGCGUGACCAAAAUCGCAAGUGGCGCGUGGCGACAAGGUAGGCAUUCGUCAUACGAAACGACCAUGCAUGUAUCGCAUUCGUAGAGACGAAGGGAGGAGGAAGUGAGCCCACUGUGGUGGUCGCCAGUGCGAGCGCUAGUGACCUUGUCGAGUUUGACAUACAAGGGGGUCGUCAAGAGAUGCAUGUGUUGUCCCAGGGAGCACCCAUCGAUGUUGCAUGUGUCGGAGGUCGCAUCUUUGUUCUCUACGAUACCACCAUCCAUGUCGUUGACGCUAAGUUGUCCGCUGCCUCCGUCGACACAGUGACUUUAUGAAUUUGACGAAGUGAAAUAAUACGGAUAAUAUACCCACUUUAUCCGGA